AUGAAGUCGGUCAGGGGUUUCAUCCACGGCUCAACAUGGAAUAAAGCCAGACCAGUCAAUUUCCCCGUCCUGAAUGCCCCAGCGGCGCACGUCCUGAGCACUAUUUCAACACCGGCCCCCGCAAGACCAGUGUCGCACAGAACCACUACAAUGGCCGAUUAUAGCAAAUGGACCAAGGAUGACCUCGUGAGCCGCAUCAAGCAGCUUGAAAAUGAGAUCAAAUCCCAGAGUGGUGGGCUCCAGGCCACCAGCCCACCAAAACACCAGGACCAGGAAGCGGCCGUGCUGCCCGGCGAGCCCGCCAAGAAGAAGGCGAAGAAGAAAAAUAGUAAGGGCAUCGACCCAGCCAAUUACUCGAAGCGCUUCGUGGCCCUCAAACUUGCCUACCUGGGCAAGAAAUACAACGGCUUCGAGUACCAGCCGACCGGGGCCAUGUCCACCAUCGAGGAGGAGCUGUGGAAGGCGCUCGUGAAGGCAUGCCUGAUCUUCCCGGACCCGCAGCGGCCCAACGAGGUUGACUGGAACUGCUGCGAGUACUCCAAGUGUGGCAGGACGGACCGCGGGGUGAGCGCCUUUGGCCAGGUCGUCGCGCUGCGGGUGAGGAGCAACAAGCCGGUCAAGGCCGCGAGGACGAGAGCCCGGCCCGCAGCCACGGGCCAGGCUGACAGGGUCGACGUCGAGAUGGGCGGCACGCCAGCUGCCGGAGAGGCGGAGGUGGAGAGGGCGGAGGAUGAUGAUGAUGCGCCACUGCCAGUUGAUCAGGAGAUACAGUACUGCCGCGUGCUCAACCGCAUCCUGCCGCCUGACAUUAAGGUCUACGCGUGGUGCCCGAGUCCCCCUCCGGACUUCUCGGCGCGCUUCAGCUGCCGGGAGAGGCAGUACCGCUAUUUCUUCACACAGCCAGCGUUUGCACCACUGCCCAACUUCCUCGAGGGGGCCAACAACGGCAGUGGCAACGGCAACGGUAAAAGCAAGGGCCAGGCGCCCCAGCGCUCUUCGGGCCGGCCAAAGGACGGCUGGCUUGAUAUCGGCGCAAUGCGCAAGGCGGCAAAGAUGUUUGAGGGGGUACACGACUUCCGCAACUUCUGCAAAGUUGACCCGUCAAAGCAGAUCACCAACUUUGUGCGGCGGAUCUUCGAGUCGGACAUCGUCGAGGUGGACGGCGUCAACACCUCGGUGCCGUACCUGGACGGCCCGCAGUUCCGCGACGCCGCGGCGGAGGCGGGCGUGGCGCACCCCAAGGUGUACUACUUCCACGUGCGCGGGUCGGCCUUCCUGUGGCACCAGAUCCGCUGCAUGGUGGCGGUGCUUUUCCUCGUCGGCCAAGGGCUGGAGGACCCCGGGGUGGUGGCGGAGCUGCUGGACCCCGAGCGGCACCCCCGGCGGCCCAACUAUGUCCUGGCGGACGACAGGCCGCUGGUGCUGUGGGACUGCGUGUUCGGGCGGGACCAGGGCGACGGGGCGGCCGAUGGGGUCGACUGGGUGUACGUCGGGGCCGACAACCCGCUGAACCUGCACGGCUCGUGGGGCGUGGCCAACGACCUGUGGGAGUACUGGCGCGAGAAGAAGAUGGACGAGCUCCUGUCCAACCGGCUCCUGGACUGGGUGUCCCACAAGACGGGCGUGAGCCUUGUGCCCGAGGCCGGGAGCCAGGCGCUCCAGAAGGCCAUGGCCGGCGCGAGGAGCAGCACGAGGGUCUACGAGGGCGGCAACGGACCCCGGUUCGUGGGCACAUAUGUGCCGCUGCUGAAGAAGGACAAGCUCCAGAGCCCCGACGACCAGAAUGACCGGUGGGCGCAGCGCAAGGGGUUCAACAAUGCCGAGGAGAUGAGAGCUGUGGGCAACUGGAGGGACGCGAUCAAGGACAUGAAGGGCGCCGCCGACGGGGAUGGGGGGAAUGAGUAG